AUGGCUGAAAUGAGUGAUAUCAACGUGCAAAAACUAACCAUUGUUCAACAAGCAAUAGCCUCUUGUUGUGGAGCUAUAAUUACAUCAUUAUUUGUAACCCCUUUAGAUGUUAUCAAAACUCGACUGCAAGCGCAAAGCAAUCCAUUCCAUAAAGGAAAGUGUUUUGUAUACUCCAGUGGCCUUAUGGAUCGUGUAUGUUGUGAAAAUGGGGACAGCAAAGCCUGGCAUAAAAAACCUGUGCGUUUCAAAGGGACAUUGGAUGCAUUUGUGAAAAUUAUUCAAAUAGAGGGAAUUAAGUCGCUGUGGAGUGGGCUUUCACCAGCACUAAUAAUGGCAAUUCCUACCACAGUAAUCUAUUUUACCUGUUAUGUUAUUUACCAGUUGUCUGAAGCUUUGAAAAAUAGACUAAGAAAGCAUGAUGAGCACAUUCCAGUUAUUGCAGGUUCGUUAAGUAGUUUAGGUUCUGCUAUGGUGGUGAGUCCCCUGGAGCUGAUCAGAACUCAAAUGCAGUAUUGCAGGUGGUCCUGCAGGGAGCUGUACCUGUGUAUCAGCACCAAAUUGGCUGUAGAUGGCUGGGUCUCCCUGUGGGAGGGCUGGACUUCUACUGUUCUGAGAGACGUACCUUUCUCAGCAGUGUAUUGGUAUAGUUAUGAACGUUUCAAGAAGAUGAUGUACAAGGAAGUUGGUGCAAAUGAACCUGCAUUUUUUGUUUCUUUUACUUCAGGAGCAGCAUCUGGCUCUAUUGCCGCUGUUGUAACUCAGCCAUUUGAUGUAGUGAAAACAUAUAGGCAGACUCAACUUUGGGAGAGUGAGACCUUAAAAAUUCCACAGAGGAAAUCAACCUGGGCAGUUAUGAGGAAAAUUGUAGCUAGAAAUGGGAUUACUGGAUUAUUUGCAGGUAUUGCUCCACGGCUGUUUAAAGUUGCUCCUGCUUGUGCCAUAAUGAUCCGCACUUAUGAAUAUGGAAAGUCUUUCUUUUCUCAUUUAAAUUAAAGGAAUCAACAUCCUUAA